AUGCCUUUCAUAAAUCAAGCAACUGCUCCAUCUCUUGAUAGCGUCCGUCCUACUAUAGCUAGUAUUUUAUGGAAUGCUUAUGCUGAGGCUUAUCUUACACUUCAUGGUGUUCGACCACCACUACCAGAAGCUCGAUCACCAACUCGAGCACAACGUCGGCGUCAAGCACAACGUCGACGUGAAAGACAAGCUGCUCGUGUUCGUGGUGGCGCCCCUCCACCUAGCGAUGAUAGUAAUGGUGGUGGUGAUGCUGGUGAAGGUAGUUCUAGUUAA